GUCCUCGCACAAGCGGAGCGACAGCAGCAGCAGCAGCAGCACCUGAUCCAGAGAAGAUGACGGGCUGUGCUCGCAGAGGGUGAGUUAGCGGUGAGAAGGUUUAGUUUCACCGGGAGAAAUGUCUCUGUCGUCCUCAGACUCGACCAGCCGGAGGAGAAGGACCGCAGAACAGGCGCAGGAUCCUUCAUGUGUUCUUGAUCCUCACGCAAACUGUCCACAUGGAGAGAUCCUUGACCCGCCGCUGGACACCCGUCCACCACCCGGUCCGUCUCCACAUCACUCCUCAUGUCCGGCAGCAAAGUGCUCGUCUGGACAAGCGUGUGUGAGCCGGCAUGUCUGUGAAGAGAGCUGGGAGGAGAUAAAAAGCAAGAAGACCAUCAAGGCGGAGAAUGAGGUUGAGGCUAAUAAACUGGUCAACAACUACAGGUUUGGUUUCAGAAAGUGGAAGAGCCACGUUACGGCGCGACCGUUUGAACACCGCUCAGACGUUGUGAAGGAGCUUUAUUCCGAGCUGAACGUCGUCAAACCACACUCAGGUCCAGGUCAGUUCGUCACAUGCGGAAAUCUUGCCUAUGUGCUCCUCUUUGGGUGGUGGGUGUCUCUGGUCUAUUUUUUGGUCGGCAUUCUGAUGUUCAGCACUGUUAUCGGUGUACCCUACGGGAGGCUUUGCUGGAAGCUGUGCUGCUACUUCCUCUGGCCGUUCGGAAACACAAUCCACGAGAUAGGAAACACCUUGAGAAGAUGUAGUGAGGACGGACCAGACUAUGAGUGCAGCGUGGAGACGAUGGAGGACAGCUUACCCGUUCUGCUGCCUUCAGCCACAGAGGGACCAGCUCCAGAGAUGCCAGAGAGACCUCCUCGCUCUCCUUACUGGCAUCGUCUGUCCACCUACGUCUGGCUGCUGCUGGGUUAUCCUCCCCUGGCUAUCGUUCACUCCCUGGUCUGCUUCGUCUCCUGGAUCCUGGUCUUCACCAUCCCGGUGUCCAAGAUGAACGCCCAGACUCUGAGCGUCAUUCUGCUCCUGCCGCCCGAGGACGUCUUGCUCUCCACCAGCUCUCACAGGACGAACCAAGGCUACGAGACCAGAGCUCUGCUGUGCUGCUACUACGCCGCAAACUGGUACUACUACAAAUACACGGUUGAUGGGAUCAACGUGUUUGCUGUCAACCUCCUCCCUCUAGUUAUAGUUGCCCUGGUGAUCGGAUAUGUUGACAAGGAAAACAAGUUUGCUAGUUCAGAUGUCAAGUUUGCCACAGCGAUCUGCUCCAUCAUACCUCUCUCUUAUUACAUCGGUAUGGGCAUCGCAAGCAUCAGUGCCCAGAGUAACUUUGCUGUGGGCGCAGUGGUCAACGCCACCUUCGGCUCCAUCACAGAGCUGACCUUUUACAUCACGGCCCUGCUCAGAGGCCACCGGGCAGCCAAUCCCUGUCUGCAGGAGGUCGUAAAGGCGGCGCUGACUGGAACGCUGCUCGGAUGUAUCCUCUUCAUCCCUGGCAUCUGUAUGAUAAUAGGAGGUCUGAAACACAGCGAGCAAAGAUUCAGCAGUCGAUGUACAGGAGUGAGCUCCGCGUUGCUUUUCAUUUCUGUCGGAGGGGUUUUUGCACCGACGUUGUUCUCCAAGGCGUACGGGAACCUGGUGUGCGACGCCUGCACCAACAGCACAGGAGGAAACAGCACGAGCAACGCCAGCGGGUCGUUUGUGUGCCACAACUGCCACUACGAUCUGAAAAAUGGUACACUGUUCCGUGACCACAUCCAGCCUCUGGUGUACACGGUGUCCGCCCUCCUGCCUGCUGCCUACAUCAUUGGACUGAUUUUUACCCUGAAGACGCACUCGCACAUUUAUAACAUCCACGUUGAAGGACAGGAGACCAGCCACCAUGGGACGGUGGUCCACUGGUCGCGGUGGAGGUCUCUGCUCAUCCUCAUCGUGGCCACCGUGCUCAUGUCUGCCUGCGCCGACCUCGCCACCGAGCACAUCCAGCCCAUCCUCAGCCAGCCCAACAUCUCUCAGUACUUCAUCGGGGUGACCGUUAUCGCAAUGGUCCCUGAGAUCCCAGAGAUUGUUAACGGGAUCCAGUUUGCACUCCAGAACAACAUCAGUUUAAGUUUGGAGGUUGGAAGCUGCAUAGCUGUGCAGGUCUGCAUGUUACAGAUUCCAAUUCUGGUCUUUUUUAAUGCCUUCUGUGAUGUGGGGUUUGUGCUGCUCUUCAGCGACCAGCACAUGUGGGCCAGCAUCUCCAGCGUCAUUCUGGUCAACUACAUCUUCAUGGAUGGCAAGUCAGAUUAUUUCCAGGGUACAGCUCUGGUGGUCGUCUACCUCAUCCUCCUGGCUUUGUAUUACUUCGCGCCGUCUCCAGCCGGCUGUUGAGAACAGAACCGAGUUUCAGCUCAAGUUAGACCUUUUCUUUCUUUUUUACAAACCCGAAGGACAAAAUUAGCUAAAAGAAAAUUAAUCUUUUGCACAGAAUCUGAUGGUUUUAUUGUUGUGUGAAAUCUUGAAAGAUAUGUCUGAAGAAAUGUUCUUAUUGUAAACAGAAAAUCUAACUCAGGAAGGUACUUUUCUAACGUCUUAAUACUGCUGAAAGACGUGUAAUAUACAGGCUAACGUAUUUAACAGAGUUGCUUUGUACUCAUAAAGUAUUGUUUUUUUAAAACUGUGAAAGACUGAAAA